GUGAUACUGAUGGUCGCUCGCUAUAGGACUAAAUGUUAGUACAUUCACCGGCAAUGAAAAGGUCUCAGUCUGCUAGAAGAUGAAGUCAAAUAUGUGAUAGAAAAGAUGGCGACCAAGGAAUAUACAGACGAGGAGCUCAACUACUUCCGUCUAUGCUACGUCUUCACUCAUAAUGUACCUGAGGGAUUACGAACAGUUUUCAAGCAACAAUGGAACGCGCGUUACCAGGCUACACUCGGCGAAUGGCUUGAUGAACCCAAAAAUGCAACUGAUUUCUGCAACAUGGAAUCGUCUAAAAAUCAAAAACGUAAUAAAAAGCUUCUCGCUGUCAUGGCAAACGGUAACACUAAAGAUUGGGACUGCACUUGUCUCUUUUAUGCUCUUCUUUUCUCAGAUUGUCUCGGGCCAUUUCUAAAUACCACUGUACAGACAAACGUUGACGAACUGAGAAAAAUCCGCAAUAAAGCUUUUGCCCACACUGCUGAUGGAAGGUUUACAGACGUGGAUUUUGAAGACGCCAUGCGGAAAGUCUUGACUGCCUUUAAGGCGUUAGGGCUGGAUACGACGGAAGUGGAUGAAGUGAAAACCCAGAAAAGCUUUCCGACAGAGGAACUAAGUAGUAUUCAACAACAGCUAAAUAAUGAGAGGAAACUUUAUGUCAAAUUUCAUUCCUUCUGUGACUUACCACCCAAACCUUCCCAUCAUACCACUGAUCGCGCAGAUGAAGUCACGACAAUAAACUACGAGAUGGAAAAGUUGAGAAGCACAAAGAAAAAUGAGACGACGGUCAUCUACUUGUCUGGUAACCCCGGAUGUGGAAAGAGUGAGAUUGCCAGGCAGAUUGGAAAUAGCUACUUUAACAAAGUUCCUGGAGAAAUAGAGCAACUUAAGUUUGUAUUCACCUUCGAUGCAUCCAGCAUCGACACGCUUCUGGGAUCGUACGUGGAUUUUGCUGCCAGACUCAACUGUGACGAAGAAUCUGUUACCAGAAUUGCGACAUCAAAAGACCUCUUCCCCGAAGAAAUAGUCAAAAGAAUGAAAGGUUUGAUCAAUCCAAAACUGCAGAUUUAUUCAUCGUGGCUGAUCAUUGUGGACAACGUGAACAAUCUGAAAUUAAUUUCAAAGUACUUGCCUAAAGCAGGAGAAAAGACAAGUGGUGAUGGUCAAAUCCUCGUCACCACUCAAGACAGUCAAUCCAUUCCACUUGACCCCUAUACAUAUCAUUAUUCAUCUCUUAAGGUUGGGAUGCGAGAAGAAGACACCAUUGCGUUACUUUCCCAAAUCUCUGGUACUACGAGUGAUCGAGACACUUUACUUAACAUUGCCAGUGCUCUUGAUUUCCAACCGCUUGCUUUGGCUUGUGCAGCUGUAUACGUGCAGCGAAUACUCAACUCUACUGACCAAUGUAAAACCAAAUGGGAGAACUAUUUGCUCGAGCUACAAAAAGGAAAGCGUGAGGCAACCGAAGACUCUUACAAACAGACAAGUUCGACGUAUCAAUUAUCAAUGACAGCUGCUGUCAGGCUUGCUCUUGAGAGGGUAGUAAUUGAAGACAAGAUUAUGAUGCAUGCUUUUCAGUUCCUGUCAGUCAUAGCUAAUGAACCAAUACCAUUGAAAUAUGUUGUGCAAUAUGUAAUGAGCUGUAUGCCUGAUAAAGACCAAAACGUUGUUACUACUCAUGUGAGUUUGAGUUCGCUUGUCAUUUUAUCUGAAGAUUUAGAAAUUUCAAAAGUAGUUUGUGUUCAUCAAGUGGUUUACCAUGGCCUGCAGAAAUUGUUCGAGAAUGACGAAACGAAUAUUUUGAAAGUCGUGAUGUCAGGAUUUUCAGACCUUAUUUCAUUUAAGAACGUUUACAAUGUGACGAAGGCAGAAAUCAUUGCCACACGAUCGUUCACGCCACAUUUUGUGGUUAUAUCAAGAAAACUCAAACACUUAUUGCAUAAUUCCAGCCUCACCCUUGAAUCGGUUACGGCCGACUAUUUAUUCAAAGCAGGAAGUAUCUGUCUAGUGCACGGAAGUUAUGAGGCCGCUGAGGUAUUCCUAGAAACAUGUUUGUCAAUCCAACAACGAGCAUACCAUAGUGGUCCAGAAAUGGCUCAAGGGCGAAAAUGGACUUGCAGUGGAAAUCUAAGUGUUGGCUUGGCCACUACUCUCAAAAGUCUUGGUCACUUAUAUAUUAAUCUAAGGGAUUUCAAUAAAGCACAUACGCAUCUGAAGGCAGCACUUGUAAUCAAAGAGAGAUUGCAGGAAGCAGAUGAUCCGGAUUUGGUUAUUACCUUGAAAAAGCUAGGCUUCUGCCUCAAGCAACUUGGGCAACACAAAAAUGCAGAAACACAUUUACAGAGGGCUCUGGCGAUCCAAGACAAAGGUUGUAGUAAAAACGAUCCUCUAUUGGCUGGUAUACUAGUUAAUCUAGUUUUGGUACUUCAAAGUCAGGGAAAAUUAAAAAACGCCAAGACCUAUUGUGAAAGAGCUGUGGAAAUCGUGCAAAAUCUCCAUAACAUUGAUGAAGAUCCACAACUAGCUGUCACGAUGAAUGACCUUGGGGCAUGCUUUUCACGAUUUCAAAACAUACAAAAAGCAAGAACUUAUUUUGAAAAAGCACUAAAAAUAAGUGAAAGUGUAUAUCACGCAAAUCAUCCAUUCCUUGCUAUUCCCCUACGAAACAUUGGAGUUUGUUUGCUCAAAUUAAGACAAUUCGAACAGGCAAUAGCUUCCUUGGAGAGAGCGCUGUCCAUUCGUGAGAAAGAAGGCCACGAAAAUGAUCCACUACUGGCUAAUACGCUAGAUAACCUUAGUCUCUGCCAUAAGGAACUAGAACAAUACGACAAGGCUAAAGCGUACUAUGAGAGAGCACUGCCCAUUCGUGAGAAAGGAGACAAUGAAAAUGAUCCACAACUGGCUACUACGCAAGAAAUCUUUGCAAACAUGUACUUGAGUAGAGCAACAUCUUGUUCAAUCUUGUAAUAAUAUUACAUAUAUAGAUAUUUUAAUUAGGCUGGGAUCUACGUGUUAGCGACCCAUUUUAAAUCAAAUUAAAAGCUUUAGCAACUCAUUUCUUGAUCGAUCCAUCCGUUGAAUGGCUCAAAAGGUAACCGUUUAUCAUCACUGAGAAGAGAAAACUGGGGCCACGAUAAACGGCUUCUUUGGCACCAAUAAUUGCGAACGCUUCGAGCUAACUAUGAAAAAGAGUUUUACACUACAACAAGUUUUAUCCCACCGUUGCUCUUAAUUCAGCCCUUUGCUUAGAUAAAGGUACCAGGGAACCAUCACGACCGAUGUUCACUAAAAACAAUAUUGUGCAAUAACUAGUCAUCUAAUGUCUAUAAAAAUAUUUAUUUUCUUGACGCUAAAUAAACACAAAUUUAACCACA